CUUCUUCAUCCACUACUAUCACCAGUCUACAACCCUGUAUCUUGCUACGAGCGUCUGGCCUGCAGCGAGCUCACGGAAAGACCUAGAGAGGCAUCUCAGCAUGGCAGAUCCGCCUCUGAGGGCACCGCCGUCUGGGAACCCUGGCCACAGUCAGGAGGCAAUUCUGAGCGUAGUCCCACCUAUUCCUCGUAAUGCCUCAUCCAGCGGUGCUCCCGUACCGGACGAAAACACGCCAGCUAUCCCUUCACAGACAGAUGUGGAGAUGAUUGACUCGCCGAUUGCUCUAGGCGCACUUGCAGCCGCUGUCCUGGCCUCCACCGAGCUCGAUGUCGAUGAAGGCGAUACGAGCCUAGAUUUCGGAUUUCAGUCCACUUCCUGGCCAAAUGGUCACGACUCUCAUGCGUCACCGACCACGCGAGGUGCCCAGAACCUCCAUGAGACCUCUAAUAGUCAUCCUGGAUCAAGCGGUCGAUUUGAAAUUCCUUCGUCCUCUGCAACUGCCCAGGGACGACCACCCUACACACCUCCCUCCAGCGUGGAAUAUCCUGAUGGUGCCAUGUUGAACCCUCACAGGGGUAGCAUGGACGUUCAGCCAACAUUUGGAAAUCUUCCCUCAGGAUCCCUCUAUCGACCCGCGUACUUGCCUCACGAUAUCGACCCUAGAAUAGACCAACGAAGCGUUUGGAUGGGCAUAGAGAAGAAGACUUCCAAAGCUGUCUAUUUCCUUCCCCCGACAUGUCGGGGAUGUAAUCACCCGGCCGUAGCUCAGUUCUGCGAUCGUGGCUUUCCCAAGUGCUACCGCUGUACGACCAAAGAUCUUACUUGUGUCCCGGGAAGCCUCUGGGGCGUCAUGAAACCCAAAGGCAAACGUCGAGCCAAGGCCGAUAAUGCGAGUGAAGUCAAUAAGCAGAUCGAAGACGGCAACAGACGAUUGACAGCGGAGGAGAAGGGCAAAAGUCGGGCAUCUGCUUCCUUUGACGACGACAUGAUGAAUGGAACUUCGGAUGAAGAAGAACAUGGGAAACGAGUGAAGAAACGGCGGAAACUAUCACUGGCAGGCGAUACUCAUCUAAACGGAGUGGAGAACGAAGGCUCGGUUACGAAACCAAUGCGCAGGACAUCGAAACCCGGUUUCCCCCUGGCGAUGCGUGACGAUUCGCCGCCGCAAAUCGAGGAUCGAGACAUGAUGCAUCGGAUUCAAGUGAACGCCGCGAAGGGACGUCUGUCAGAUAUGUCCGGCGCAUGUCCGGUAUGGGCAAACAGCAAGCGAACGCUAGAGGUAGCAGUGGAGUAUCUCAGGCAACCAGUGCGCACAGACGGUGCCAGCGUGCAGGUUGGCGUAGGUGGAAUAGCGCGUGGCGUCAUUCUAGAGGGUGAGCCGCCAGAUGACAGGACGUUUUGGCAGAUGGACCAAAGUCCAGGAACAAUCAUCACUUCAAUUGGGCCAGAACGACCUCUGAAACCUGCGGAAAAGCACAAUCAUGUGUCUACGGUGAUGCCGGAGACAUACGUCGCACCUCUGUCUCCUACUUUGCCGAACAUCUCAGUCCCAGCAUCGAGCUCUGCCGAUGCACAUGAUCCACCGGAAAUCGCUGCUCUCCUUGCGGCACAAAGAGCGAGAACACCUGUGGCUUUGUGCGUGACAACAGACUACCGUGUGGCGCCUUUCAGAGUACCUCGGCGAAUGACAGUCCUCGGAUGGUUCUGGGUCACGGAAGCAUGGCUGGAGCCUGUUGGAGCAUUCGCGAUUCCUCCGUUGGCAUUCCGCUGGCGUUUCCGAUUUGACUGGUGUUCGGGCCAAUCGAAACCAUGGUGGCUGCCUCAAUCCGCGCCCUUCCAAUUCCCAGCAGUGGACGAUAUACCGGGAGACAUCUCAGCCUCCAUUUCCGGAAUUCAGUAUAGCACGACUGUUCGUGAGGACGGAAAACAAGGCCGUCACAGUGGCAAAUCCGACAGCCCGUUUGCUUCCCACUGUAGCUUCUGCGACAAGACGUCAACCCGAGUGUACUCGCUCGAAGAGCCUUUGUGUUUGAACCCAGAGUGCGCGGCCUAUUGCGUUAGCUUUAUAGCCAAACACCUUUUGCUCGAUCCCUCAAAAUUGACGCCGGCUGCGUUGGAACCCUUGCCCCGGAUAACACCGCUCUCUCUUGGACUGUCACUCCGCCCUCAAGAACCCUCUGCGUCCUCUCAAACUACCGGCAGACAGAACGCCGGGAGAGAUUUUUGGCGAGCUUGGGUGUGCGGUGCAUGUGGCUUUGCGCAAGAGAGGAAGAGAUGGUUUGGAUGGGAAUGUGAAGCGUGCCACCGUACAAUACAACCUGCACGAAAGAUCUACAGCGUGGAAGACUUACAAUCCCCUUCACGAGCGACAUACACUGGUCCUCGGCAGGAGGAUGGUAAUCCCUCAUGGCCAUUUGAAUCGACGCGAGCUUGGACACUCUACAGGGACGGAGUCAAGGUGGUUAAAGUCGUCAAGCACAGUGUUGAAGCUGGUCUGGGCCAAGGCGCGGAAGUCCAGCAUGCGCUCGCCUCGAAGGAUGAUGUCGCAGAUUCCUUGUUGAAGCAAUUGCAAACUCAGGGUCAAUCGGAAAUACCUCUCAGGAGGCACUCGUACCCGGAUCAGCGAGUCGUUGACAAAGUCGUGUCUCCAUUCUACACUUUUCUCUGCGGGUCUGAAGCACCUGUCAUCGAUUCCAUCCCAGCUGGAAAGCAUACAAAAUGGAAGAAAUGUCCCGAGCUCUGCCUCAGUGCUGCGGAUCUGCUGAACGAUAUGGCUGGAAGAAUGUUUCCCGGGGACAGAGAAAGAUUCAAUUCAUUGCUUAUCGUUGCUGUUCCGCCUCAGCUUCCCGUAUCACUUCAGCCUCGUAUUACCAUUGCGCCACAGAGCCUUUUCGCCAUCUUGUAUCUUGGUUCAGACGGCUUACUAAAGAUUGCCAGUCGCGUCGAUGGCAAGCGGGGCAAGAAUGGAUCCCUGACCGCGCUGCAUGGAGAUGUCAUUGGAAUCAGAACUGGAUCUGAUCCGAUCGAAGUGAUCCCUUCCAUGGACGGCUUUGGAUUCCUAUUGAUCGGGCGUCAAGUGUAUCGCAAGGACGACAAUGAUGAGCCUCCUCCACCCGUCCUGGUCAAGGGAUGGCACCCUAUUCCUGGAUGGAAAUCUCGCGUGACCUCGUCGCCGAGGCUAACGAAGCCUACAAAGAUACCUCAGGUCGCCCCAUUGACCGACUGGUAUAUCGGAUCCAGGCCUUUAAGCAAAGAUCAGCCUCUGAGAGUCAGAGCGCCGUUGAGAAAGCGAGAAGUGAAUCGGGAAACGACCGGCGAUCAGGAUAUGGAGUCUGCAUCUACCGCCGACGUCAAUGUCGAUGCUGUCACUGGUGUUCAGAGUUCCUCCGAAUACACUGGUCGAGAGAUUGUGAAAACUCCGCCGCCCCCUGAACUUACUCGACCUCCGCCUAUAAGUCCGAUGGGCAAGAAGAAGAAGCUCGACAAGGAGGGCAAGGUCGAGAAAGAGGUCGUCAAGGUCGACAAAAAGCCGAAGGGCAGGGGUGGUGGCAAGAGAAAGAGCGAUGCUGCGUCCUCGAAAUAAGGGCAGUUCAGAUCUCUUCACGUCGUAUACCUGGAAGAAUAUCCCAUCAUAGUACCUGCAUAUCCAUCUUGACAUCACUGUAGCAAUACACACCGUGUCAUAUCCUCUACUUCAUGGGCUGACAGCUCGUCACCGCUGGAGGCCAGGCUUCGCCUGUAUUGAACGCCUGAACAUUUUGGUUCCGUUGGU